AAUAUCUGCUGCUAAAUUAUGUGUUGAAAUUACUCCAAUAUGUGCAUCACUUGACUAUUCUACUGAUGGCAUCUGAAGCCCUUUGUGUGUUUCUCAGGACAGCAUAGUAUCUAAUCGCCUUAUUCCCCCUACAGUGCUUGGCAUCAAGAAAAUAUAGCAAAAAUGUAAUCAUGGAAGAGCUAAUAGCUAAAUUUCUGCCAGAAGAACUCAAAGAACGAAGGAGGCUAUAUGAAGAGGAAAUGGAAGAACUUUCUAACUUAAAUAAGAACGUGCCUAUUUUCGUGUGUACCAUGGCCUAUCCCACAGUUCCUUGUCCCCUGCACAUCUUUGAGCCUUGUUACCGCCUGAUGAUUCGUAGAUGCAUUGAGACAGGCACAAGACAGUUUGGCAUGUGCCUUGGAGAUCCUGUGAAAGGGUUUGCAGAAUAUGGCUGCAUCCUAGAGAUCAGAAAUGUUCAAUUCUUUUCCGAUGGCCGCUCAGUGGUUGACAGCAUAGGCAAAAGACGCUUUAAG